AUGAAACUGGCCGCCGUGUUGUUCAGAAGGGCCCGAUCGGUCGUCGUCCUCGUGGGCACUGUCUCGCUCCUCUUCUACUACACUUUCCAGAACGAAAUCGACACUUUGAACUCUUACGCGCAGACAGAGUCGCUGCCGCAGAUCAACCGGCCCGUGGCGCCGGCGCCUGCCGCGCAGCUGCUGCCUGAGGCAGCAGCUGCUGCCAAACGGCCACCCAGCGCGCUGGAGGCGAAUUCUGAUUCCGAGGGUGUGUCCGCGACGCCGCCCGUCGAAGACGGCGAGCGCAGCGUCGCACGGCCUCCCGUCGCUGAAAGCGAGCUGAGCGACCCACUCGUGCUGGUCGAGAAAAACAAGUACUUCCCGUUGUUGCUAGCAGACCCCGAGGGCAUGGCCGUCGACGCCGAGUGCGGCUUGCGCGACGUUGCGGCCGCAACCGUGUUGCACGAGCGCUACCCCGUUCUGUUCGAGUCCUCGCUCAAGAACACGUACCAACAGGUCAAUCUGAACUACCCGCGUAUCCAAAGCACGCAUUUCCCCGCCUCAGAUGCACUUUCAGAGUCUGCUCGCCAGGAUGCGCGCAAGUCCAUCAGAGAGCUGUUCCUGCACUCUUGGACUUCCUACUCGCAGUAUGCGUUUGGCGCCGAUGAGCUCAGGCCUCUCUCCAAGCAGCCCACGUCGCGCGGCCUUUCCUGGGCAGCCACUAUGAUCGAGUCUCUCGAUAUGCUGUAUCUACUGGGUGAAAAAGAGCAAAUCCGCAUCGUACUCGCCUAUCUCGAAAGCAUGGAUUUUUCUCGUUCUAACGAAACCUUCGUGGAUGUAUCUCAGAGCGCAGAGCGCAUUCUGGGCGCUCUAUUGUCGUCCUACGAACUUUCAGACAAAACCGAGCAAUUGCUGCUUCGAAAGGCCACCGAAUUGGCCGAUUUCCUGCUUCGUGCAUUCGACACUCCUAACCGUGUGCCACUUCUCCACUAUUCUUGGCUCACAAAGCUUGGCAAUCGUUUCCCCUCUCAAAAUACAAACAUAGGGCAGCUCGGAUCAUUCUCCCUAGAGUUUACUCAUCUCUCCCAACUCACCAAAAAUAACAAGUACUUCGACGCCGUGCAAAGAAUCUACAAGACUGCGGCGGCCUCUGUAGGUGAAUUCGAUAUUGACUAUCUAUUUCCUAAUAACGUGGACGCGAGCGGUUGUGUACUUUUACACAAGGAUAAAGUCGAACAAGGUGACCAUCUUCGUAGCUCCAAAGUCAUGAAGAGCAUACACAAUGGUAAGUUCGUACAAUGCCAACAAAGCGGUAAAUUAAAACCGCUUCAUGGAAACAAGGAACGAUAUGCAUCUGACCGAAGAACGCUUCCUUUCUAUUCAAACUUGGCCAAAUUUGUGCAUCUACUAAAUGGACACGAUUCGUCGGAAAAUCUGGAGUUUACAAAAUUACUUCUUAACGGACUAGAUCGUAUCAGGAAACUAAUGAUAUUCACCCCUAGCCUGCCCAACCCUAGGAUGCAAAAUAUCUCAUUUGUAACCUCAUUGAGCACACAAUCCAGUUUCAAUGCACUAUCCAACGAACGGGUAAUAGAAGUAUCUCGCGAUUUGAGUAUGCAUCAUUCAUCCUGUUCUGUCGGUGCAAUGAUGGCUUUUGCAGGAAGGCUUUUCAACCAAGAUGACUUUUUGAAUGUUGCUGUCGAUGUCACCAAUGGCUGCCUUCAUAUGUAUGACUUAAUGGGUGUGAUGCCUGAAGGUGUGCUCGUUGACCAAUGUGCAAAGCGCCCCUGUGAAUUCGACCCUGAAUUAAAAGAUUCUCAAUCAGCCUUGAAUGCCGGAAAACCAAAAGAAAUUGAUUCUGUCGCAGGAAUCAAAUUGGAGCAAGAAGAUGUUAGCAUUACAGAAAAACCUUCAAAAAUCUACGUAAUGAAUAGUGGCACUUCAGCUUCCGAAGGAACCGAUGAGUUGGACGGCUUCACACAAACUUUAAAAAUGCCGCCCUAUCUGGACGCUGUAAAUGCCAGUUAUUAUCUUUCAUCGGAAGCCAUCGAAUCAGUAUUUUAUCUCUAUCGUAUAACUGGUGAUGCCACCUGGAGGAUGAAGGGUCUGAACAUGCUGCAGUCAACUUUACAAAAAAUUAAGAGGGAAGGCGCAAGGGGUGUCUGGGAGAUAUCAUCCUUGCGGAAUACUUUCACAGAAGAAACCGAUGAUAGCCUUCCAUUGGACUGGUUUUCGAAAACUCUAAAAUAUUAUUACUUGCUGUUUGCGGAUCCUACUGAUUAUAGCCUUGAUGACUAUAUAUUUACAAACGGGGGUCACAUUAUAGAGAGAAGCGCUACUUUAAGCCAACUUUAUAAUAAGGAUUAUCGAUUGGAUACCCAGACAUUAAUUGAGGAGAUGGAGUUUAGAAAGGAAACUUGA